GCGUACCCCUUCUCCUGCUGUGCUGAGUGCUGGUGACGACUGCUGUCCCUCAUCUUAUCUAUCGAGGGAAGAGGGCUGCGCUGUACGAUGCGUUUCGCCACGGCGGUCCCUGUGCUGGUUGCCCUGCUUGGCCAGAGCUCGUCGGUGCAAGGUCGACAUGUUGCCCACUCCGCUUCAAGAGUAGCAGUAGCAGGCAGGAAGCCCCAGCAACAGCAGCCCAAUGGUGCGAGUAGGCAGCAGCUAGCCCAACUUCAGCGUCCUAGUCAGGUUCGAGGUGGUGCCACGCUCUCUGCGACGGUGGUAACAGUAGGAGCAACCGGCGAAGACCGCUUGACGCGAAUGAGGGGGGGGCGCACGUCUGAUACAGUUGUCUUGGUAGAAGCGCUCGUCGAGACCGCUCUAGAGAGCGGCCUCAUCGUCGGCUUCGUGGGCGCUGCGGAGUACCUGGCGGCGCGCUACCUGUCCGACACGAAGUUUUCGGAGGUGGCGAGGCUGGCGCUGUGGACGGCGGCGGUGUUCGUGUCCGGGGCCGCCACGGCGGGGCCAAAGAAGUGGCUCGAGAAGUCGCAGCUUUUCAACAUCGACGUGCCCAUCGGAAAGGACUGGUACACGAACCUGCGCAAGCCUCGGUGGAACCCGCCGAACUGGGUGUUCCCCAUCAUGUGGAUACCUCUCAAGAUUUUGCAGGUGUUCGCUUGCUACGAGAUGUGGGACAAGCUGGAAACGCGAAGCUGUAUUGCCUUGCCGGUGGUGGUAUACACCGUCUACAAGUCGCUCGGGGACGUCUGGAACAAGGUGUUCUUCGAGAGACGCCGCCUCAAGAUAGGCACAGUGGUCAUCUCUCUGUACUACUUGACUCUCCUUGCCGGCAUCAAGGUUUUUUUCGACGUGAGCGAUAGAGCGGGGUACCUCUUCGCCCCCACGGCGGCAUGGGUAACGAUCGCCACGUGCUUGCAGUGGAGCACCUGGCUGCUCAACCGCGAUACUAAGAAAUAAGCAAGAUUGCAGCGGCGGGCGCUGCGGGGCAAGGCAGGAGCAGCGGCAGGAGCAGCGGCAGGAGCAGUAGCAGGACGGAGAAGCGGGGUUGCAGCAUUUCAUCGACAACAAACUCGUAGGGCCGGUCUCCCCUCUCUUGGUUCGGGAUUCACGCUGGGUUUUCUGCGCCGUCCUGUGUGUGACGGCAGGAGAGUGGAAGGGUGUAAGCAAAAGGGCCCGGGGGGAUGGGCGAAUGGCGCGAAGGGGAAUUCAAUGUCUCCACCACAUUGAUGGUCGUGCUAAACACGCCCUAGGACUGCCUGCAGUGGCAGCUGCAGGCGCUUGUUGGGUGGAGAGCUUGUUGGUAAGGGGCAAGGAUGGAGAGCUUGUUGGUAGCUGACACCACCUGCGUCGGAGGGGGGCGCCUCCGCCGUUUUGUUGCGCUUAAGGGAAGCUUGAAGAGCUCUGCAAAAUACGCUUGGGCUUUCGGGUGAGCGGCAGAUUGACCUCCUUAUGUCGACACUGCAGCGCAGGGCUGUUUUUUUUUUGGUUGUUUUGCAUAUGUGUUGCGUGAUCACCCUGUUGAUGCGGACAGCUUCGGGCGAAAUAAUUGUGGGCCACUCAGUCAAGCACAGGAGCCUCGCGGUAUUGCUUUGUUGGGUAGUAAUAUACAUAUAUAUAUUUGGGUUUUGCGCCGUGUAGUCCACACGGGUAUUUUUGGGACUCGGUUCUCCGGGGAGCUGGAAGUUGGAUACGGGUGUGCUAUUUUGCGGAGCGGCUGUGGCAGCUAUUUAGUUGACGAUUGUUACAAUAGAAAAAUUGUUUAGAGUUGUAGAUGCGACCGUUUUCUUGCAUCCUCCAUGUUGAAGUUCCAUGUAUAAAUUUCUUUAACGCACCGAGGCUGGCAUGUAGACGGAUUUUCGGAAGGAGCCUAGAAGAGGGAGGGGGUUCAGUGGGUGCAGCUGCUACUACUGCGGUGCGCGGGCGAAAGCAGGCGGUGCUGCUGGCGGACCAACACGUCGUCCCUUCGCCAGUGCGCUGCGAAUGGAUUAUAUGCAUUGAAGAUCACAGCUGUGACGAGUUCAUCCGGCUCGGUUGCUCUCGUGUAUGUAUGCCCUAGUGACUCUUGGGAGGGGAGGGGAUUGACACGGGAGGGCGAAGCAGCGAUAAUUUCCUUGCGUCGGGGAAGGCUUUUCCUGUGGUCACAUGGCGUAAGGACGUGGCGGUCGAAAUAUUUACAUUCGCGAU